UUUUCUUGAUGGAUUUCAGAACGCAGUCAGAACGAAAAGGUUAAGAUUCCUUCUUGUGUGAAAUGUUUUUUUUUAUCGCUCGUUAUUUUACAAUUGUCCAAGCACGCUGACCGAAACGCGAAUCCUUACGUUCUUUGAUUGCAGGAGGUCACUCAAACAAUGGGAAAGGUUUACUCAAGGGUUUACUCAAUGUUGACACGACCCGUUCGCCUGUUCAACAUUGAAAAUCGGGCGCGGAAAGUCAUUUCUCAAGAAAAGCCAAAACCCGCGCCUCAAUAUGCAGCCACGGAAAAGCAAAAGCGUCUCAUGGACGAAGUAAAUCCGCACUUCAUGGAGGGUCAUUACAAGAAGAACGUGCAGCUGGAUCAACGAUUGAAAGAUGUUUUCGUUACGUCAAUGGAUCCGCAAGAGGUAAAUGAGCCAACUAAAGAAUCGAAGUCUUUACCUCAGAGCAGGAAAAACCCGGAGAUUGACUUUCUGUAUGAGCCUUAUGAAACUACAGUGAUCCCCGUUGGGAAGUGCUCGUUGAAACAGGCUCUUACAUUUCUUAUGCAACACAAAAGCGAUCCCGUAACAUAUAGUAGUGAAACUAUAGCUUCUGAAUAUAAAAUGGAUAAGGAAGUAGUAGAUGAUAUAUUGAAGCAUUUUAAACUUUACGUAACUCUCUCGCAAGGCAGUGUAGGGCCAGUAGAAGAUCCUAUUCAAGAAUUGUAUGACGAAAGCGCAAAAGAGGUGAAAAGGAGGAAGGUUAAAAAGGAACAGGAGGAUAGAGAAACGAAUAAGUAGUACAGACGUGUAUAUAGAAAAAUAAUUUAUUAAAGUCUGUUUCUAUGUU